AUGACUCCGUCAAAGCUUGAAGAACAAACAACUACUCCACCAUCCGCUGCAGACGCAGAAUUCACAGAGAGACCAUAUAGUGUAUAUACGAGCAAAGAAAAAUGGUUUAUCGUAACUCUUGUCUCAUUUGCAGGAAUAUUCAGCCCUUUCACCGCGAAUAUCUAUUUCCCUGCCAUCCCAACGCUUACUUCUGUAUUUCACAAAUCCACUGAAUUGAUUAAUCUAACCGUUACGAUGUAUAUGGUGCUGCAAGGUCUUUCCCCCAUGUUUUUCGGAAGUUUUGCAGAUUUCCAUGGUCGAAGACCCAUAUUCAUCCUAUGUCUCUUUGUUCUAUGUUUAUCCUGUGUAGGAUUGGCCCUUGUACCAACGAACGCUUACUGGCUAUUGAUGGUUCUUCGCUGCUUGCAAGCUACCGGAUCCGCCAGCACGAUCGCCCUAGGCGCUGGCGUCAUCGGUGACAUUGCUGUCCCCUCAGAACGAGGAGGAUUCUUCGGAUUCUACUCACUAGGGCCUAUGCUCGGGCCUGCUUUAGGCCCUGUUAUCGGCGGUGCUCUUUCCGAUGGAUUAGGAUGGAGAUCUAUUUUCUGGUUUCUUUGCAUUGCCACUGGUCUAGCUUGCAUCAUAAUGCUUCUUUUUCUCCCCGAGACUCUGAGGCAGAUAGUAGGCGAUGGCAGCGUUGUCCCAGGUCCCAUUUAUCGACCUUGGAUACCAAUCAUUAGCUGUCAUUCCACGGCGGCUUCGAACUUUAAGAGACCGCCGAAACGCAAGUUCAAAAACCCCUUGCUCUUAUUCAAGAAUUUAGACAUUGUAAUGCUGCUUUUCUUCAACGGCAUUGUCUAUUCAGUGUUCUACGCUGUGACAGCUUCCAUAUCUUCUCUUUUCGCAGAUAUUUACCCCUUCCUGAACGACAGUACUAUUGGCUUGUGCUAUCUCGCUAUCGGGUUCGGUACAGCUGCAGGAAGUGCAGGGGCAGGAAAAGUUCUUGACUGGGAUUUUCAGCGCAUGAAGAAAGUUUACAUCGAAACUCAUGGCUCCAAGUCAAUGAAGACUGAAAGCAAUGAUCUGGGAGACGAUUUUCCCAUCGAAAAGGCUCGCCUGAUGUCGAUGUCUUAUUCUAUGGUGGUACUAGUAGCCACCGGUAUGGGAUAUGGCUGGUGUUUACAAAAGAAAGUCCACAUUGCUGCACCUCUGGUUUUGCAGUUCAUCAUAGGUGCUUUGAGCAUGGCUGUUAUGAACCCCACACAGACUUUGAUUCUCGAUCUGAUGCCUGGACAAGGCUCUUCCGUUACUGCUUGUAACAACGUUGUCAGAUGCUUACUAGGUGCUGUAGCCGUUUCGGUGAUUGAUAUAAUUCUCAGCAGUUUAGGACCAGGUUUCACAUACGUCCUUCUCAACGGGAUCAUCGUCAUCUCUAUGCCCCUGCUAUACCUAGUAAUAGAAUUGGGACCAAGGUUUCGCAAAAAACGACGAGAAGCCGACGUUCAAACUUUGGUUGCACGUUCUUAA